AUGAGCUGGCAGCAGUCCAGACUUACACUCUAUGUGGCCCCGGCGGAGCAGGAGAAGCUCUUCAUCCAGAAGCUGCGGCAGUGCUGUGUCCUCUUCGACUUCCUGUCCGACCCGCUCAGCGACCUCAAAUGGAAGGAGGUCAAACGGGCGGCGCUCAGCGAGAUGGUGGAGUACAUCACCCACAACCGCAACGUCAUCACUGAGCCCAUCUACCCCGAGGUCGUGCACAUGUUUGCAAUAAACAUGUUCCGGACACUUCCGCCUUCGUCCAACCCCACCGGAGCAGAGUUUGACCCGGAGGAAGACGAGCCCACGCUGGAGGCUGCGUGGCCACAUCUCCAGCUUGUCUAUGAAUUUUUCCUUAGGUUUUUAGAAUCUCCAGAUUUCCAGCCCAACAUAGCAAAGAAAUAUAUUGACCAGAAGUUUGUUAUGCAGCUGCUAGAACUGUUCGACAGCGAGGACCCCAGAGAGCGAGACUUCCUCAAAACCACGCUUCACCGCAUCUACGGGAAGUUUCUGGGGCUGCGAGCGUACAUCAGGAAACAGAUCAAUCAUAUUUUCUAUAGGUUUAUCUAUGAAACGGAGCAUCACAAUGGUAUAGCAGAGCUGCUGGAAAUACUUGGAAGUAUAAUAAACGGAUUUGCCUUACCACUAAAAGAAGAGCACAAGAUUUUUCUGUUGAAGGUUUUAUUGCCGCUGCACAAAGUAAAAUCACUCAGUGUCUACCAUCCACAGUUGGCCUACUGCGUCGUGCAGUUCCUGGAGAAGGACAGCACUCUGACCGAGCCGGUGGUCAUGGCUCUGCUAAAAUACUGGCCCAAAACCCACAGUCCGAAAGAGGUGAUGUUCUUGAACGAGUUGGAGGAGAUCCUGGACGUCAUCGAGCCCUCGGAGUUUGUGAAGGUCCAGGAGCCACUCUUCAGACAGCUGGCCAAGUGUGUGUCCAGCCCACACUUCCAGGUGGCGGAGAGAGCCUUGUACUACUGGAACAACGAGUACAUCAUGAGUCUGAUCAGUGACAACGCGGCCAAAAUCCUGCCCAUCAUGUUCCCCGCAUUGUACCGCAACUCCAAGACCCACUGGAACAAGACCAUCCAUGGUCUGAUCUACAACGCUCUCAAGCUCUUUAUGGAGAUGAACCAGAAGCUGUUUGACGACUGCACGCAGCAGUUCAGAGCCGAGAAAAACAAAGAAAAAGCAAAGUCUAAAGAGCGUGAGGAGGCUUGGGUUAAAAUCGAAAACCUUGCCAAAUCUAAUCCACAGCGCGUGGCCCGUGAUUUCUCUAUGUAUGUUGAUUCCUCUGACCUCAAUAGUCCUGUAGCUAUGGAGACGGAUGUGCCGUUGAUAGAAGAUGUUCAGAUGUUAAAAAAGACAGUUGAGGAGGGCGCCACUCAGUUGCUGGAGCAGAGGAAAGAGCGGCCCAUGGUGCGACGCAAGUCCGAGCUGCCUCAGGAUAUCUACACCACAAAAGCCUUGGAGUCCCACCGCAGAGCUGAAGAAAUGCUGACCACCCACGACGGACUCUAG